AUGGGGGAUUCUGCACAUCUCUCGCACAUCGAAUAUUCAACUGUGCCAGGGUAUUUUAUGCAGGAUGACCCGGCUACUGAUCCUAGCACCUUUGACUAUGCAAAGUCGGGCUUCGGACUGAUCGAUCAAGUCUAUGACACGGAUGAGGCGUUUGAUCCCGACCAGAAGGUAUCUCCGUGGGCAAGAUUUGAACAUAAAGUCCGCUCUCUGAACCACCAUGCCCCUUCAAAUACUAGAUUUGCGGUGCUCUUUUUGGGGAGACAUGGCCAGGGGUUUCAUAAUGUGGCGGAGGCCUUCUACGGGACUGCCGCUUGGGACUCUUACUGGUCCAAACUGGACGGCAACGGGACGAUAACAUGGUCUGAUGCCCAUCUUACAGAAGAAGGGGUGAACCAAGCAAAAGUUGCUCGGGAUACAUGGGCAACCCAGAUGAAGAAGUCGGUCCCUCUUCCAGAGGCGUAUUAUACCAGUCCAUUGGACCGAUGCCUUGCCACAGCUAAAAUUACAUUCAGCGAACUCCAACUUCCGGCUACCAAACCCUUUGUUCCAACUGUAAAAGAGCUUCUCCGCGAAACCCUAGGUGUCCAUACAUGCGACAGGCGCAGCUCCAAGCAAUACAUUGAAAGCACGUAUCCAACAUAUAAAAUAGAACCAGGGUUCUCACCGACUGACAUACUAUGGGACCCUGAAGUCCGGGAACCUGACGCUGCCCGAGAUGUUCGUCUAAAAAAACUGCUUGAUGAUAUUUUCGUCCACGACAGAAGUACAAUCAUGUCCCUCACGGCCCACGGAGGAGCCAUCAGGUCCAUCCUUAAUGUCAUCGGCCACCGAGACUUUGCCCUGCAGACAGGAUCUGUCCUCCCUGUCCUCAUCCGGGCAGAGACGAAGCUUGGAGCGGCCUCAGAAUUGGAAGAGGAACUAUCCAUUCAAAUCUCAGGUAUCAGCACUACUAAUACGGAGAGCAGCCAAUUUAAAGAACAGUCAUGA